AUGGCGGGCGGCGUGUGCAGCGGCCCGCGGGCCAAGGCCUCCUUCCUCAUCGACGACAUCCUGCAGACGCGCUCGCCCGCCGCCGACUCCUGCGGCGACGACGACUCCGCGGACGCCGACGGCGAGCGCCUCGACGUCGUCUCCGUCGACUCGGCGGCGUCCGCGUCGGCGUCGGCGUCGCCGUCCCCGUCGCCGUGCGACCUGCGGCAGGCGCCGCCCCCUCCCGUCCCCGCCUCCACGCUGCAGAGGUACGGCAGCUGCUGGCCGGAAAGGCCGCUGCCGCUCUACCACCAUCCCCAGCCGCCGCCGGCCGCCGGGGCGCCGCCCCCGCACGUGUACGCCCCUGCGCACAGCUACUGCCUCCCGUACGCCGCCGCCGCCACCGCCCACCUGUUGGACCCAACGGCUGCCGCUGCCGCAGCUGCUGCAGCGGCCGCUGCUGUCUAUAAAGACGCCGGCGGCCGCUUCUGGAGCCCAGUGGGUGCCAGCUGCCACCUGGGCGGGCUGCUGUCCAGGCACCACCACCACCACCACCAGCACGUGCACGCCAAGCGCAAGGGCGGCCAGGUGCGCUUCACCACGGAGCAGACGGCGGCGCUGGAGCGCAGGUUCUGCGGACACAAGUACCUCAGCCCCGAGGAGCGGCGGGUGCUCGCGGCGCAGCUCAGCCUCUCCGACAGGCAGGUGAAGACCUGGUUCCAGAAUAGGAGGGCGAAAUGGAGGAGAGCAAGCCAGGCUUCUGACUGCAAUGGAGCAGCGACAAGUGGAGCAAAGAGCAAUACGUCACCUGGACUUCCAGAAGACUCAAAGCCGGCAACUGUGGCUGCUGGCAGCACCAUGGCCAGCAUCAGGACGUGAGUUCUCCUUCCAGCCUUGGUGAUGAAUGACUCCUCAAUUUGGGUGUUCAGCUGGGGGCACAGCCAUCUGCUUGUGGAUGUGUUUGCAGCCACAUGCUGUGUCUGUUAUCCCACCCUGACUGAAGACUUCUAGGAGACCACACCAACUCCUCAGCUGAGAUAAAGAAAUUGCACGUGGACAGUGGAUAAUCUGUGCACAGACUUCCUCUGAAUCGUUUGAUGGAAUACCAUGACAUUAUUAAGUUCUUUUCCGUCCAUGGAGUUAACUCUCCUAAAUGUACAUAUGCAUACAUCAUACUACAUUGAAUUUUUGAGGAUCCUCAUGUGCCUUUGUGUGUGUUUGCUUUUUGUGUUUUGUAUACCAUGGAGACUACUGUUGCUGUCUAUCAGAAACUACUGUAUUCUCCUAAACAUGGAUAUUUCACAAAGUGAGAACUUGUCUUAUAUGAUCUGGGACAGAGUAGUAGCAUGCAAAUUGUGUGCUGUUAAAGCCCCAUGAUCUGUUGAUUAUGUGCAUUGUGGGAAUACACUCAUCAAAGAAAAUAAGAUUGUUGUUUUCAAAGUGACAUUAGAAAGACUGAAACUACUCGCACAAUGUAAGUGAAAAAUAAAAUACAGUAAUAAAUGUGUUAUAUGUUAUUAAUAUUUUUGGUACUUUAAUACAGUUUGUUGGUUUAGAACAGUUUGUGUGUUAUCAUUAAGUUCCAUGUAAGCCUCACAUUUAUAUCUUCACCAUUAGCAGUAUGUUAUCACCACAUUGCUCUUAUAGCUACAGCAUCUAUCGGUUCACUACUAAUUAAGACCAACUGAGCAUGCAAUAUGU